GCCGGUUCGAGUCCCGCGGCCGGGCCGAGCGCGGCGGGGGAUUCAAACGGCGGUGGCGGCGCGCGACCUGUCUGUCGUUUCCCUCCCGCCUUCUCCAUUCUUUCCAUCCAGAACCGCUGUGUGGGAGCGGAGCGGCUAUGGCGGCUCGGGAUCCCCCACAGCUCCCCGCCAGCCGCAGGACCGAGCCUGCUUUCCGCGAACAAAGACGACAAAAAGUUGAAGAAUAUCUAUCAAGAAAAAAGACCUUUUCUGGUGUGCCCAUUCAAGAAAACCAGGAACCGAUCAGCAGUAGCAGAACUAGGAGAGCAACUAGCAAUAAACUGCAAGACACAAUACAGCUCUCAACAUCUCCAAAGCCUGGAAUGGAAAAUAAAGAGAAUGCUGAUAAACUGUCAUGGGACCAAUCAAGUGGAACCUCAGAAAAAAAUGUUACUUUAAACUCCUCCACAAUCACACUGACAAAUUCCCUAUCAGGCACAAACUAUAAUCCUGAAGAUCAUGUAUCCAAGGAUAGAGUCACUGAAAUAAAAUCUCGCCACCUGUCACUUAGCAAGUCCUUCUUGCAAAUAAAAAGCAGGAAAGAGAAGGAGCUGAUUGCAGAAAAACAAAAUCUGAAUGUCAUCCUACCAAAGAAACCAGUGCUUGGUACAUACCGUGGCAAAGUUAUACAGUCCAAGAUAAACUCCUUCCGAAAAGCACCAGUAAGUGAGAGGGAAAAGAGUUCUUUGCCAAACAAGAAGCUUCUUCCUUCUGCCACCAAACCAGCAGCAAGGUCUUUGUCCACAAGCAACUCCAGUGUAGUUUUGAAGACCAACAAAGUCACCAACUACCAGAGUUCUGUAAAACCAAGUGGUGUCCUCCCAUCCCAGAGCAAACCAUCCGGUAAAGUUGCUAUUAACCCACAGUCCAGUCUGAAGAAACUGCAACCAACAUCUGCUGUAGCACCAAGGAAAGUGACAGUUCAAAAAACAAUUACUGAAAGGGGACCACAGCCACUGAAGGUUACUUCUAACCAUUCUGACCGCAGAGCACUAGGAGUGAAGAAAUGUGCAGAUUUUUGUGAAGAUGGAAGACCAGGAACUCCAGCAAAAUCAAUUUCUGUUUUUUCUAGUACAAAGCCAGGACAGGAUUCUGAAACCAAUUGUAAUAGAAAAUCUAUUCUUCCAAAGAAGUCAUCAGAAGAGAGAAGAGCUCGCCUGGAUGAAUGGAGGGCAUCUAGAGGAAAAGCGAUGAGGAGACCUCCUAUGUCUGCAGUUCUGGGACACCAGUCUAAAAGUGAAAACCAAGAAUUGUCUUCUGGUGACUCUUCAGAGCAUGUAUUACAUAGUGAAAAGGUCAACAAGACUCUUGCAGAAUGUCUGCAGUUAACAGAACAGGGAUGUCAAGGCAAUGAAGUAUGUGCCAUGUUGGAAGAUUUGACGCAGAGCAUUCCUGGGGCUAAGAAGCUUGCGAAUUAUUGGAUCUGUUGUAUGCGUCUUGCACAGAUGGGCCCUCUUGAAAAGCUUAUUGCUGUCUAUGAGGAAGCCAUUUUGGCAGGAGCAAUGCCUAAAGAUGAACUACGACACACACUAAUAGAUAUGCUGAAAAAUACUGAAAGCCUUUUUAAGCCUGAAGAUGUUUUAGGGGGAACUGUGACAGAAGCCCAUUUAAGUGAGGGAGUAGAAGUGAGCAAGGAACCAAAUUCACCUGUAGAGCAGGUUCGGGAGGCCUUCAAGGAUCUUAGCUUCGACCAAAAACCAAAGGGUGAUGACAAGGAAGCAGAGACUAGCAAUGAACUGAUCAAAAAAGAAGAAGUGGAUUUAGACUUGAAACUAGGAGAAGAGAUAUUUCCAAAAAAGAAUAAAAAGGACAAGACCAAAGAACGUAUAAAAAAGAAAGGAAAACGUGAAACAGAAGAGCAGAAUGAGGAUGGGGUAAAAGAUACAGCCCAAGCAGUUAAUUCUCCUGAGAAGGAGAAUGACACAUUUUAUUUAAUGAGAUGCAAUCCAUCUACCACAUCAUACUUGGAAAGUGUGAAGAUGCACCAUGAGGCAAAUGGCUCCACUGCUAAAGACCUGAAAAUUGUAACCCCUUUGCGAUAUUCUCAACGCAUUCGGGAGAAGAUGUGCAAGCAAUUGGAUACUGUUAAAGAUCAAGAUCCAUGUGUCUCUUCAUUUGAACAGCUGGGAGAACUGGAACCAAAAGCCACCACAUUUAUCGACAAACUGAGCCAAGCGCUCAAAGAAACAAGUGCUGAAAUAGAAGAGUAAAAAGUAGUGUUCUUGCUACAUGGGGGUUAAAGAUGAUAGAUUCUUUUCAAGGAAAGUUGGGAGGAGGUUUUUAGCAGCUUUGAGAGAGGAGCUAUCCAAAACUUGCGUGCGUGGCUUAAGAUGAAAUUUGACUGCCUGAUUCACCAACCUUUAACGUUUUCAAGUUUCUGCCUUUUCAAAAUUGUGGUAAAUGUCUGUUUUAGUACUUAUAAAUAACAGUGUGUUCAUGUUAAAUAUGGUUCAUGAAAUACUGAAUUAAAAACUAUUUUUAAUGCUCCAUAGGACUGUUUGGCUCUAGUAUAUUGCUAAGAUCUACUGUUUUUCUCUUGCAAUUCCUAUAAAUUCUUUAGAAUUGUACAAUCUAACUUUUAGAUAAAGAAACAUAAGCUUUCCAGUAGGGCCAUGUCUACUACUGCAACAUUUAGUUUUAAAAACUGAUAGCAGCUGGUAAGAUGUACACUAAGUCUUAACUGUUGUAUUCAUUUUUAGGGGUUAUUUCAACAAAACUUAGUUUAAUCCCUUUAGUUGCUGGGAUUGCUCAUGGUUACCUAAUCUCCCUUAGAUGAGGUCUGAUACACUAAUUACUAUGUGACUGUUCUAAUGUUGGUUUGCAUUAGUCUGUAAUAUGGUACACUUAUUAAACUA